AUGGCCAAAGAUCAAAAAGCUAUCGAAAGUAAAAAAAGAAAGAAGGAAGAAUCUGAAUCAGAAACUGAGUCAAGUGAGGAAAACAAUGCUUCAUCAUCUUCAGAAUCAGAAUCAGAAGAUGAAUUAAAAGUUGUUGGUGAAGGUUCAUCCUCAUCAAAGAGCACUUUUACCAAAAAGGAAUCAGCUGCCAAAGAUGAAUCAAGCAAUACCAAAACUGAUGAUGACUUAAAAGUAUUUGUUGGUCAAUUACCAUCAGGUGUUACUGAAUACGACUUAAAGGAAUACUUCUCUGAAUGUGGUGACAUUUCAAACAUUAAAAUCUUAAAUAGUAACCCACAAAGAGUUGCCGCUUUCAUCACUUUUGCCGAUGAAAAGGGUAGAGAUACUGCCAUCACAUACAACGGUAAAGACUUCAACGGUCAAGGUAGUCUCAGAAUCAAUGGUGCCAAUAGCAAGCCAUCCGACGGUGAAGGUGAACCAACCACAAUCGUCUGUAGAAAUAUUGCAUUCACUGUCGAUGAAACCCUCGUUAAAGAAUUCUUCUCUAAAUGUGGUUCCAUCAGUCGUGUCUCCUUACCAGUCUAUGAAGAUUCUGGUAGAUUAAAGGGUUUCGCCUUUGUCAGCUUCGACUCUGAAGAUGCCGUUGAAAAAGCUAUUGCACUCACUGGUACUAAAUUCGAAGGUCGUGAAAUUCAAGUUGAAAGAAGUCAACGUGGUGGUGGUAGAUCAUCAUCAUUCGGUCGUGGUGGCGGUCGUGGUGGUUUCGGCGGCGGUCGUGGUGGUCGUGGUGGUUUUGGUAACGGCGGUGGUCGUGGUGGUUUCGGUGGUGGUCGUGGAGGCGGUCGUGGUGGUAGCGGUGGUCGUGGUGGUUUCGGUAACAAACGUGGUAGAUUCGAAUAA